UUCACUGGCAAUAUUGGAAGGCCAAAUGACUCUGAUGAAAGCCUUUCAGUCCAACGUUGAGGUGAGAUUGGACGCAAUACAAGGAGAUCUUGGUACAUUAACUAAGAGAGUUUCCAAUCUUGAAUCUCUUGUUACCACGCUGGAAAACAAGGUUGAAGAGCUCAUAGGCAGAACAACCGAAGUUUAUGGCAUCAUUAAUGAGCAGAGUUCUACAAUAAAAGACGGUAUUAUGGUCACCAUCAGGGGGCUUCACAUAUCCUGGAGUGACUGGUCUGCAUGGUCCGACUGUUCUCAGUCAUGUGACAGAGGCAGAAUAAGUAGACACAGGUUAUGUAAUGUACCUCCGCCUUUAACUGAUGGCAUUUGUAUUGGUGGCGAUACAGAAACAGAGGAGUGCGUCAUUCGCGAGUUUUGUCCAUUUGAUGGUCAAUGGGCUUUGUGGUCGACAUGGAGCACCUGUUCUGGGUCCUGUGGUGACGGCGUGGAGACCAGAAACCGAUCCUGCUCCGAUCCAGCUCCUGCUUAUGGUGGAAAGGUGUGCCCGGGACAUGACAUUGAAACAAACCCAUGCAACUUGCAGCAAAGUGUCAAAUAUGACUGCAGUGAUGUGUUAAAACUGGGCCUGUCACGCGGUUCGGGUGUGUACAGAAUCACGCCCUGGAACACGCACAAGGAAGUGGAUGUUUACUGCGAUAUGGACACCGAUGGUGGUGGGUGGACGGUGUUUCAAAGACGAUUCGAUGGGUCUAUUGAAUUCAACAGGAGUUUUGUGGAGUACGAGCAGGGUUUUGGCUCACUGGAUGGUGAAUUUUGGAUGGGUCUGGGUCUUCUUUACUCCAUAACAAGCCGAGCUAAGAUGACCUUACGUAUGGACAUGAAUUCAUCAAAAGGAACAACUGGAUUCGACGAGUACUCGGGUUUUUAUAUUUCUCCACCAGACCAAUACAACUUCAACGUUGAUAGGAGGAUCAACUCAGCAGGAAGUACGUUAAUUAUUGAAGUUGAUAGGAGGAUGUGGUAGACAGCUAGAUCAAAUACGUCUGGAUAGAUCAUUGUAAUGAUAUGCCCAUUAUUUGAUCUCAUUAAUACAUCUGUUAUCUCACUUCCAUUAUAAUGUAGUGUUAAUACAGUUGGAUAUUAUAGCGCAAAUUUGUAAACAUUUAAAUAUCUACUUGUUUAGUUGUUUAUAUUAUCACCAUAUUGUUAAUCAACACUCAAACCUCUUUCUAUUAUUGAUAUGAUACUGAUAUACAUUGUCCGGUUCCUAUCUCCUCUCUAACACCGGUGAUUAUGGUGAUAUCAACCACCAGCCAUUUUCAACAUACGAAAGGGACGUGGACUGUGCCCGAACCUGGGGAGGAGGCUGGUGGUACAAAAGAUGCACGUACAGUAGCCUGAAUGCACGGAACAAUCGCAGGUUUUAUUACUUUUCCUUCCAAGGGGGCAGAAGGUUGAAGACGUCAGCAAUUAUGCUACGAUUGAGUAGUUAAGAUUUAAUCGUAGUAUUUGAUGCAUUUCAUUUUGGUUUGCGAAUUCAUUCAAAGAGUGUUUCUGAAUUAUGAACUUGAUGCUAUGUUUUAAACACAAUCAUCUAGUUUAAGCAUUUAAGAUAAACAUACCUGCCUUUUCCUAACGCUAUGGAAUGUGCAAAUUGAUUUCUAACUCAAACAUGUUCGUGUUUUGUGAAGAUAGUGAUUCAAACAAUUUACAAGUCAUUUAGAAACUCUCUCAUAGACUGCAAAAGGCAACACGCGGGUAAAUUAUUUGAAUUAGUGUGGCCAAUACAUCCAGGUGAAGAAAUUUUGCAUCGUUUUUUUAUUAUAUUGGUAAUCUUGUUUUAGUAAUCAUUUAUCACAAUUCAUCGGCAGAAUGUUUUUAGGAUAUAGACAAUCUCGCUUUAUUCAAUACGAAAUAGUAAAUAAUUUUAUUAGAUAUCGUAUUGUAUGACCAGGAAGUGAGAUUCUAGUUACAGCAUUAAUACUUAUUUGCAAAUUUACAGCGCCAAAACACAGCCAUUUUUAACGAUAUAAUUUUUUUACGUUUCGUCACUCGCUUUGGAUAUUUAUUACACUAUUUAAUAUCAAAAAUAUAAUAUGAGUCUUUUUAAGGAAUGAAUUGCCGGAUUAAUGUCAUUAUCGGGGUAUAAACGCAGUUCGGCUGAUUAAAGUAUGUGAAGACCGAACAUGACAUAUGUUCACCAUUUCAUCACUUAUAUUAACACCAAUAGUUCAUUAUUUCUGUCAAGAACUGUAAAGUAAUACUUCUUAUUUAAAAAAGUGAUUAUUGCUCACCUAUUAUGUUAAUUGACCGUCUCGACCGCAACCGAAAACAGUUUAUCAUAUAACGUAACAAUAGCUUUCAAAAUAUCUUUUUAACGUCAAAAUUGAAACGCUAAUGACAACAAUGCAUAAAACAUUUAAUAACAAUAACAAGAUAAACAAUUUCUUACAUGUUGAUUUAAGUUCUUUUGUGGCCUGGUGGCCCAUUAAUAACAAUAACAAGAUAAACACUUCCUGACAUGUUGAUUUGAGUUGUUUUGUGGCCUGGUGGCCUAUUAAUAACAAUAACAAGAUAAACACUUUCUUACAUGUUGAUUUAAGUUGUUUUGUGGCAUGGUGGCCCAUUAAUAACAAUAACAAGAUAAACACUUCCUGACAUGUUGAUUUAAUUGUUUUGUGGUCUGGUGGUCCAUUAAUAACAAUAACAAGAUAAACACUUUCUUACAUGUUGAUUUAAUUGUUUUGUGGUCUGGUGACCCAUUAAUAACAAUAACAAGAUAAAAACUUCCUGACAUGUUGAUUUAGGUUGUUUUGUGGCCAGGUGGCCCAUUGAUAACAAUAACAAGAUAAACACUUUCUUACAUGUUGAUUUAAGUUGUUUUGUGGCCUGGUGGCCCAUUAAUAACAAUAACAAGAUAAACACUUCCUGACAUGUUGAUUUAAGUUGUUUUGUGGCCUGGUGGCCCAUUAAUAACAAUAACAAAAUAAA